UAUACAAACACUUUGAGUGCCGAUAGACAGACAGCUCAUGGCACAAGCCUUUGAAAUCUCAUCCAGCUCUUUGUUGCGCGCAGCGAGGGGCGGGUGCGCAAACAACCCCGGGCGGGUAUAAAUGACGCGUCCCGCGCUCAUGAGGACCACAGAAGAGCUGAAGUCAUCUGGGAAUACAUCUUUUCUCGGUGUAAAUCCUUCGUCCUUUCCAGUGGAAAUCUCUCAUCUUUUCUUGUAAAGGAAACAUCUAAGGGAAUACGACAAUGCUGCGCACCGCCAUGCUCUCCAUCGCUCGCCUCUUUCUUUUGGGCUGCAUUGCGGGGGUAUCCUCCGGCUCUUUGGUGCUCAACUCAAACUCCAUUAAGGUCGGGUCAGGUGUGGCGAGCGUCAGCCUCCCGGUGAGCCCGAGUCCGGACGCGUUGCCUGCUGACAGCGGCAGCCAGAACUUCGCCAUUGACGCACCGCAGGUAAGAAGACGAACGAAAAGACUUCAUAUCUUGUGUUUCUGUGUGUUUUUGUUUGGUGGUCUAACUGGGUUUGUUCAUCUCCAGCAGCCUUUGAUCUGCGAGGGUGAUGAGGAAUGCGGCGAGGAUGAGUUCUGCUUCCUGUCUCGAGGCGUCUGUCUGCAGUGUAAAAAGCGCAGAAAGCGCUGCAUCAGGGAUGCGAUGUGCUGCCCCGGCAACCACUGCAGCAACGGAGUUUGCAUUCCAAAUGAUCCAGACAUGAUUCAACAGAUCGGAAUGGAAGAGUUUGCGUCCAUCGCCUAUGAGAACUCCACUGCUGUGCUGCAGCAGCCAAAAGUAGAGACUCAAGGUUCACCACAAAACCAAAUGCUUAAAGGUCUGGAGGGAGAGAACUGUUUGAGAUCUUCAGACUGUUCAGAAGGACUCUGUUGCGCUCGUCAUUUCUGGUCCAAAAUCUGCAAGCCCGUCCUGAAGGAAGGUCAGGUGUGCACCAAGCACAAGAGGAAAGGCACCCACGGUUUGGAGAUAUUCCAGCGGUGCGACUGUGCAGGAGGCCUGUCCUGCAGAACACAGAGCAGCAAGUCCUCACGGAGUCUCCACACGUGCCAGCGGCACUGAACCAGCGUUCCAGGAAUUUUCUCUUGGACUUGAUCGGAGGAGACGAGGCGGGAAACUGGAUUUGGAUUACUCUUGUUUUUGUUCUGGUUUUCUCCGCAUUGUCUUUUGUCAACAUUUCCGAGUGCACAUAAUUGUUUCUCAACGGAACGUAAAUGUUACAGUAAAUUACUGUAUUAACCUGUAAAUAAUAUAAGGCAGUUGGCACUUAAUUCAGAUACUUUUGUCAACCCUGUUUUGAAGAAGCACCUUUGUUGGUUCUCUUGCUAAUCUGAAAUGUGUACACUUCUUUUUGUUACAGUCACAUAGAGCUGAUUUAAAUGUCUAUUUUAUUCUAAAUAAAGAGUGUAAUGAUCUUAA